ACAGCCCUCUGGGACGUUUCCUAUUAUUUCCGUUUUCAGAUAUGGGUAACUUGAGCAAGGACCACACACUGAAGGACCACAGAGCACUCCUACAACUACCCCUCUACACUAGGAGUUCUGGGCCUGUGGCCCCUCCCGGCUUUUCACUUUACCGCGAGCCCACUCCGGAGGACGGACUCCAAUGACGACACCACUUCCCAUGGUGCCUUGCGCAACUGCGCUGCUAUUGGCCUGGCAACUCUGCUGCUUUUUCAAAUUGAGGCGCGGAGUCGUUGGUCAGGUCCGGGGCGGGGAAGUGAUUGGAGAUUCAGUUGUCUGGGUGUUAGGAGACUUUCUCCACCGCCUGUUAAGAGUUCCGGGUGGACCGGGGGUCGCCGAGCUGUUUGUGUGGAUUCUCCUGGCCCAGCCAACACCGGGGCGGAGAAGUCAGACACCCAGGCCCGCGUCCAUCGCUGAGCCCUCCUCACCCCACGCCGUCAGGUCUUGACUUUUUGGCUGGGACAGUCAUGGCGUCCCAGCCGAAUUCCUCUGCGAAGAAGAAAGAGGAUAAGGGAAAGAACAUCCAGGUGGUGUUGAGGUGCAGACCAUUUAAUUUGGCCGAGCGGAAAGCUAAUGCCCACUCAGUAGUAGAAUGUGAUCAAACACGGAAAGAAGUUAGUGUACGAACUGGAGGACUGACCGAUAAAAGCUCGAGGAAAACGUAUACUUUUGAUAUGGUUUUUGGAGCAUCCACCAAACAAAUUGAUGUUUACCGAAGUGUUGUUUGUCCAAUUCUGGAUGAAGUUAUUAUGGGCUAUAAUUGUACUAUCUUUGCAUAUGGCCAAACUGGCACUGGAAAAACCUUUACAAUGGAAGGUGAAAGGUCACCUAAUGAAGCAUAUACCUGGGAGGAGGAUCCUUUGGCUGGUAUAAUUCCACGUACACUUCAUCAAAUUUUUGAGAAGCUUACUGAUAAUGGUACUGAAUUUUCAGUCAAAGUGUCUCUGUUGGAAAUAUAUAAUGAAGAACUUUUUGAUCUUCUUAAUCCCUCUUCUGAUGUUUCUGAGAGAUUACAGAUGUUUGAUGAUCCCCGUAACAAGAGAGGAGUGAUAAUCAAAGGUUUAGAAGAAAUUACAGUACACAACAAGGAUGAAGUCUAUCAAAUUUUGGAGAAGGGAGCAGCAAAAAGGACAACUGCAGCAACUUUGAUGAAUGCAUACUCCAGUCGUUCCCACUCAGUUUUUUCUGUUACAAUACACAUGAAAGAAACUACAAUUGAUGGAGAAGAACUUGUUAAAAUUGGAAAGUUGAACUUGGUUGAUCUUGCAGGAAGUGAAAACAUUGGUCGUUCUGGAGCUGUUGACAAGAGAGCUCGGGAAGCUGGAAAUAUCAAUCAAUCCCUCUUGACUUUGGGAAGGGUGAUUACUGCUCUUGUAGAAAAAACACCUCAUGUUCCUUACCGAGAAUCUAAAUUAACUAGAAUCCUCCAAGAUUCUCUCGGGGGCCGCACAAGAACGUCUAUAAUUGCAACAGUUUCUCCUGCAUCUCUCAAUCUUGAGGAAACUUUGAGUACAUUGGAAUAUGCUCAUAGAGCAAAGAACAUAUUGAAUAAACCUGAAGUUAAUCAGAAACUCACCAAGAAAGCUCUUAUUAAGGAAUAUACAGAAGAGAUAGAGCGCCUGAAACGAGAUCUUGCUGCAGCCCGAGAGAAAAAUGGAGUGUACAUUUCUGAAGAAAAUUUUAGAAUCAUGAGUGGAAAAUUAACUGCUCAAGAAGAGCAGAUUGUGGAAUUCAUUGAAAAAAUUGGUGCUCUUGAGGAGGAACUAAGUAGGGUUACAGAAUUGUUUAUGGAUAAUAAAAAUGAACUUAACCAGUGUAAAUCUGACCUGCAAAAUAAGACACAAGAACUUGAAACUACUCAAAAACAUUUGCAAGAAACUAAAUUGCAACUUGUUAAAGAAGAAUACAUCUCAUCAGCUUUGGAAAACAAUGAGGAGAAGCUUCAUGGUGCUGCCAGCAAGUUGCUUGACACAGUUAAAGAAAGUACAGAAGAUGUAUCUGGUCUCCAUUCCAAACUGGAUCGUAAGAAGGCAGUUGAGCAACACAAUGCAGAAGCUCAGCAUAUUUUUGGCAAAAAACUAAAGAGUCUGUUUAAUAAUAUGGAAGAAUUAAUUAAGGAUGGCAGUUCAAAACAAAAGGCAAUGCUAGAAGUUCACAAGACCUUGUUUGGUGAUCUGAUGUCUUCCAGUGUGUCUGCAUUAGAUUCCUUUACUACAACAGCACUUGGAUCUCUCACAUCUAUUUCAGAAAAUGUGUCGACUCAUGUUUCUCGAAUUUCUAAUAUGAUACUAGAAGAACAGUCAUUAGCAGCAGAAAGUAAAACUGUACUGCAGAAAUUGAUUAAUGAACUUACAACAGACCUUCUACAUUCACUGCGAACGGUUUUGUCCCCUACUGUGGUGUCUAUAUUGAAAAUCAAUAGUCAACUCAAACAUAUUUUCAAGACUUCAUUGACAGAGGCUGGACAGAUAGAAGAUCAGAAAAAAGAAAUGGAUGACUUUCUCAGUAUAAUGUGUAACAGACUACGUGAACUACAAGAGAGUACAGUUUCUUCCUUGGUCGAAUCACAGAAGCUGUGUGAAACCUUAAGUGAAGAAGUGAAAACAAUAAAGCAAACCCAUUCACAGGAACUCUGCCAGUUCAUAAAUCUUUGGGCAGAGCGAUUCUGUACUUUGGAAGAAAAGUGUGAAAACGUCUGGAAACCACUCAGUAGUGUUCAAGAAAAUACAAAGCAGAAAUCUAAGGAUAUAAUCAGCACAGCAACUUUUCACAAUAAAAAAUUUUGUACUGAUUUUGAUGGCUUGUCACAAAAACUCAGGCAUUUUAACCAAGAAGGUACAAAAUUGGUUGAAGAGUCUGUGAAACAGUGUGAUACACUCAACUCCAACCUGGAAAAAAUAUCUCAAGAAACUGAACCAAGAUGUGAGUGUCUGAACAUGAGUACAGUUUGUUUUUCUGAACAAUGGAUGUCAUCCUUAAAUAAAAAGGAAGAGGAACUUCAGAGCUUAUUGGAGGGUAUAAACGAAUGUUGGGAGGCUUCAAAGUCAGAGAUCACUGAAAAAUUAAAUGGACAUAAAGCAGAAAAUGAGAGCCAGCAUGAUAUUUUUCUUAGCCGGAUAAGAACUGAUGAAGAAAAUUUGUUAGCACAAAGUCUAGAACUUAAUGAAACUACAAAACUGGGUCUGAGUAAGCUUAAUUGCUUUCUGCAGCAAGAUCUCAAAUUGGAUAUUGCAACAGGUACAACACCACAGAGGAAACGUUAUUUAUACCCAUCAACACUGGUGAGAACUGAACCACGAGAACAGCUCCUUGAUCAGUUGAAAAAAGAAAGACCUGAGCUGUUAAUGAUGCUGACCCAUUCAGAAAACAAUGAAGAAGAGAAGAGUCAGGUCAUGAAUGAAGAAAAGGAAGUUCUUGAGCAGUACAUUGAACCUCUAAGUGAAAACCCACCUGCAGAUGUCAACGUGGAGUGUUCAAGUGGUGGGGUUCCGUUUUUCCAGGUACUGAAGAUAAUCAUUUCAGAUACGCCUUACACAUCUGCCCUAAGUCAGUCAUCCUCUGUUCUGUAG